AUGAUGGCCCUCUCACAUUUUCCCCCUAGGAGCAAUACAAAAGUGCCAGCGUUGUUUGGCUGCCCUUGUGUAUGGAGCCAUGUACCGCUCUACGGCGCCGCCCAGAAACGCCGUCGCUACUACCAUGCAUUGGCAAAGUUCAACUCGCCCGGACUUGUAGAGCGUCUGCCAUCCGAGAUCAUCCUCUGCAUCGUCGACGCCCUUUUCGACUUGUGCGCCAAGGAGGUGUCUCUAGGUUACGAAAAGUACUGGGAGUCAUCAUGCCUCCCCUACGAGACCGAAGCCAUGUGCCCCUUCUGCAUGCUCCCCCGGUUCGAGGUCUGGAGGGACGUGGCGAACCUGGCGGCAACGUGCCGCUCGCUGUAUGAUCUCAUCACGCCCGUGCUCUACCGACGCGACGCGCAGCAGAACCACUCAUCUGCGCUGCUGAUCUCGGCGAAGAGGGGCAACAUCCGUGCGUUGAAGCUGGCGCUGGAGAAUGGCGCGAACGCGAACGAAGAUGACCACACGAUGCCUUUGCAGUGGACAAAUGAGUGCUUCCGGCACUGCGAGCACUGCGAGUACCAGGUGUGGUGGAGAGAACCGCGGAGGCUCGACAUGGGCGCGCUGCACUGGGCUGCGUUGUGUGGGCAGUCCGACGUUCUCGAGAUCCUCCUACGCCACGGAAGGGCGUCUCCGAACAAGAGGGCGUCAGUGCAGCCGGGCCUGGACGCCGGGAACUACGGGUCGCUCCAGUACGUGGAGGACUACUGCGAUGAGUAUAACGCCAGCUUCCCGUGCGUGGCGUUGCAGACGACCAUAGGGUAUAACUCCUUGAGCACCCACGGAGCAAACCCGCUCUACUUCCUGCUGGGGACGAGCAGGCUGAGGGAUUCCGGCAAGACGCUGGAGUUGGUGCGGCUUCUCGUGGAGGUCGGCUCCUCGCUAUUGACGCAUGAAGCUGCCGGGCUCCAUGCGCUUCAUCAGGCUGCUGCAUACGACAACAUCGAGGUGACGGAAUUCCUGCUGAGAGAGAUGAAGGUCGACCCGAACGUCUUGGAUGCUGCCGGAAAUACACCGCUUCAUCACCAUAUCGACUCCAGAUUCAGGGUCGAGGGGGGCGUGCAAGACACGAGGAUGCUGUCGCUCCUGCUCAAGUACGGGGCAGACCCGAACGCGCGGAACAUAGACAGCCUCUCGCCGUUAGACCUGUGCCUCAUCACAACGCUGCUGGGUGACGAAAGGAUGAAGCUGUCGGUCAUGCUGGCCGAAAACGGGGCCACACUGAGGGAUCAGGACUUGGGCCUUCAUAGUAGCGCCAUGUUACUUUCGGUUGAAUAG